GCCAAACAAUCUCUCCAUAGUCCCAUCGGGCGGCGCUGCCGGACCGGGCUCGCUCAGCCUCGGCUCGAUUUGCCCCACGCAGUGGGCGCUAUUUGCAGCGUCUGAUGCAUGGACUCAGAUGUGAACGAUCCAAGUCGUUUAUUACAAGUUCUCACAUCACUGAUAUACCUUCACGAGUUUUCUUUCUCUAGCUUUCCCAUCCACCUUUACAUGUCAACAAAGCACUCUACAAACACUCUUCAUCCGUUCACAUGGUCGUUUAUCCAAUCAGAGCCCCAAGCCGUUCUUUCUUCUUCUAGAGGUGUCCUUGGUUCUCAUGCUGUUUCUCCUGCUCCACAGCUGCUGCUCUGAACAGUUUUUCUUGUAUUCCCACACAAAUGUACUCCAAUGAUAUUCCAGAAAGAAGAGAAUCUCAAAGCAGAAGUGUGAAACGCGCAGGAGAAACUCUCAGGACAGAUCAAGUAAAACAACUUCAGCACUCCCUGCUACGAUUUGCUUCCCCAGAGAAUCACUUGAAAGGAGGAAGAGGCUAAAGGAGAUAUUGUAGGUAUCCCCUGCCCUCCUCCUAUCGUAGCGGAGGCGUCCUGGGUACCACUGAAGGAUCAGGACGGGCUUAAGUGCUCUCCAGUCACCAGCAGGAUCUGCCGCCAGAGGAAUGUGUGAUACAGGCAGCGUUAUGGUGAGUGCCAGGAUCAGGAGAUGUGGGUUUACUGUUCACACCCCACGGACUGCUGGAGAAUUGAGAAACCUGCCCAUAAGUUUUCCAGACAUCUGAGAAUUACUUUGGACAAUUACAGGAGAAUUGCUGAGACAACCAAUCUCUUGAUCUGUUAUUCCCUUAGCACCCGGCAACGAUAGUGGGACCCAUUCUACAGAACACGCGGGGAACAAAAUUUGUGUAGCCCUACCCGUUGAACCAAGUAUCGUUUUGCACACCACCCCAAUGCAGUGGGCUUGCAGAAAGGAAGAACUCCAGUUUGAAAACCAAACUGGCAAAUGUGCUCAGAAAUGACCAGUGUGAAAUGACUGGAUUCGAUUAGAGUGGGCCAGAAUGACAUAGCUCAGUUGGAAGGACCUGGAAGGUUGAUCUAGUCCAACUGCCUGACCACGAGAUGGCGAGCACAAAGCUAAAUGAAAUGAUGAGAGGCAUUAUCCAGGUGCCUUUUGAACACUGGCAGGCUUGGGGCAUCAACCAGCUCUCUAGGAAGCCUACUCCGCUACCUCUUGCACUGACGUACAUAAAGCAUCGUGGAUAGAUAACACGGAGCGUCCCCUCCUAAGUUUUUAUAUUUAUGUUUAUAUUCCAGGUAUAGCCAUGGAAUUGCCUGAAGUGGCAAUGAAAGGAGGUGGGACUGGUGCAGCACUGCGGCCAUGUUUGGCCCAGUGGCCGCCCAGUGUGUGAGCCGUCCUGGGCGUGGCAGGGCACUGAUGUCACAAAGGCAGUGAUUGUCAUAGCUUGCAUCAGUGGGUAAGAGACCGCUGCGGGGUACAGCGGGGUCAGUCCCCAGUAGGGACGCUGCGGUGCAGGGGCGGAGGUGAGGCUCUACCCCACGAGGACGCAGCAGCGAGCUGUCUGGCCAGGGUUAGGCCAGAGACCAAGUAGGAAGUGAGCCGUGCGGGUGGUUCCUGGAGGACCAAGCCGCGUGGGAUGGAGGUGCAGAGGGCUCAGGAAGCCAGGCCCGCAGGCCCCCUGCAGCGCCUUCUGCAGGAGGGCGAGUUUGGCCUGCUGAGCCAUACCCUUAUCUUGGAGAGCAACUUCUUCCAGGUGGGCCGCCACGGGGAGGUGCUGAACGUGUCUAAGCGUGUACAGGAGGUGACCAUGGGGGUAGCCGAAACCGGCCCUGCCACUGGGGUGCCCAAUGUCAUCUUAAUGGCUGUCCCUGCGGCUCCCCCGGCCGAGGGGCUGGAGCUCACCAGGCUGCUGCCGCUGCAGUGCGUAAAGCUGGCAGUGUACGGACGCCUCCAGCACUGCCUGCGGCUCCGCUUCCCCACCGGCCGCAAGGUGUACUUGCAGCUGUGCCCUGGGCCCAGAGCUGAGGAGCUCUUCCUGCACUGGGCUGCGCUGGUGACCGUGCUCCCCGUCCCUGGGGAGCCUAGCAUCCACCCCACACCUGCAGGGGAGCCCGUGCCCGGGGGGGAGGCCUGCUCCACGGGCGUGACACAGCCCGAGGUUGAGGCUGAAGUCGAAGUCAAGGUUCCUGCCACGGACCCGUCUAUGGGUAAGAUAGGGACAACAGGAGAAAUAGCAGGGACGGACGAGGCCCCGCCUGCUUCCAGCACACCAGAGGUGAGGACUGAUAGAGGGAUGAGCCCAGGACAGGGAAGAAGGUUCAGACACUCCUGGAAUCCGAGUCUCACUCUGCCCUCAUUCCCCAGGACACACCCAAUGAGACCCCUGCAGACGCCACCAGAUGUGGAAGCAGUGAGCGUCUCGGUGGCACGCGUGAUCCCCUGGCAACCAGUGCCAGGAAGACGCCAACUAAAAAGAAGAAGUCAUCCUCUGGUGAGAUCCUGGCCCCCAGAGCCUGAAUCCUCCUCGUGGAGCCGCCUGGCUCCAUGCCCAGAGCCAGGCUCCACGCUUUGGAGCCGCGCUGCUUCCUAUCUACAUGUGCUCCUCUACGCUCUGCAGGUUGGCGUGCUGCUGGAAAAUGGGCGUUCUGGAGGAGAGGCUGCCGAGCUCCCAAGCCGACUCCCGCGGCAGGUGAUGCUCACUAGGCGUAGCCUCUACGGAGUGGGCAAGGAGAACGUUAUGCUGGAUUUGAGGCUCAGCCUCGGGAAAGGAUUCCUAGAGGCCGUGCUCAGGCCCACGCGCAGCGAUGCUCACAGCACCGUGUGCACGGGAUACGUACCUGUUUGAAGGAAGCAGCUGAUAUCCACGGCCGCGGCACUUGCCCGUGUGCCUCCGGUGUUGCUGGGGAGCAUUUUAUCCAUCCUGGCAGUCACGGGUGCCGGCGGGUCACUGCCUGAGACUGGAAAGGACUGCCUCUAAGCAACAAGAGGCAACCGACAUCACGGUGGACAACUCUGCAUUUGAAAGCAUUUCUUUGCGUUUGUUUGCCUUCGAAAGGCAGGGUUCAGGCAUGUUUAUUGACUGGACACUUGGCCUGGGAGCAAACGAAACCAACUUGACAGAGGAGACUGGAAGAUGAUACCACCGUAUCCUGUGAAAGCAAGAUAGAAGCUGGUGUCUCCCUGCUUCCUCUUGUCUGCAGACUCCAAUUUGCAAGGCCUGGAAGAGGGAACAAAGGAGUUCCUGCUAAAAUCCCUAAGCCAGAAGCUGUUACUCCAAAGGAGCUGGCCCAGGCACUUUGAACAAUGAGUUUGUUAUGUCCUUGGUAGUCGUCAUCCACUGAAACAACACAACCUCGGACGACUCAGCACUACUGAGGACCCAUCACUACCGAAGAUCAGCAGCUGACAAGAAGAUCCAGAUGGACUGAGGAGUAGUGAAAGGCUUUGCUUUGCUGUGUUUGUAUAUCUGUCUGCCUGUCUGUCACUCUUCCCCCAUCUUCUACCUCUUCUUUCAUUCUUUUAUUCUCUGCAGCAGCCACUGCCUAAAAUUGUCUCACCUGUAACAUGCACUACUCGUAAUCAUCCAGUUAGCCAAUUUUACCUCCAAGUAGGUGCUGUCAGUUGUUGAGAAAGCUGUCAAUAAAUCGAUGUCUAUUA